CACUUAUUUUCAUACACCACCUCUGACUUGUGAAAUACCAAAUGUAUGACUGGACCUUCUUUUCUUUGUUUGGCCUGUAGAUGAUGUCACAAGGCCUUUUUGCCCAUAAAAAUGACUUUAAAUGUAAAAAUGGCAUGCUGUAGUGUUGAUGCUGGGGAAUGUUGACACACAGGUAGUCAUUAAGGCGUGUGAGAGGUGUGGGUACUGGUUUGUGUGCAUUAUAGCAAUACUAAGAUGAGGUGUAGUCAGAAAGUGUGAUUUAGAAAGGGAGGGAUGGAUGAAAGAGAGUGAGAGAGUGAAAGGGGGAGGGAUGAAGAAGGUGAGAUUGUGCUCAGACUCAUUCUGCAUAGCCGAAGAGAGGGAGAGAGAGUGUAGCAGGAGCUUGUUUUUGUGUAGCUGCUAGUUCAGCACUGUUAGCUGCAGUCUCUGCUUCGUUGUACUGAGGGUUUCGGCCAUGCUGCCCAAACUCGCUGUGAUCCUCUCUGCAGUGCUGUUUAAUGCUGUUGUCUGGGCAAGUACACACACGGAUCACGAUCCAGGGUUCUCCCAGUGUCAAGAGUGUUUUUUCAGGGGCACACCUCCACACUCUCUGGCUGAGCUGGGUUUGGAGCAGAGGUGUCACGGGCAUCUGACAGGACGGCCUUUUGCGUCGCUCUAUAAUGCCAACUGCCAAACCACCGUCUAUACAGCUCUUCACCUCAGCUUGAAUAAUGGAUGGGGCAGAGGAGAGCAGAGCACGCAGGAUGCCAAAGAAGAGAUCAAUGACCUGUCCCCCGUGGCAAUCCCAGCUCUUUAUAGAGGAACCACUAAUGAGACCCCAUCACCCCAUUCCAACUACCCUCUCCUCAAAUGGGAUGCUCUAACAGCAGAAUUCAUACGGAGCUCCGUCAUGCCAACGUGUUCAAAGACGAAUGGAGAUGUCUAUGUUCAGAUUGGUUUGGGAGGGUUUAAUGAGUGCAGGGGGAAACUGUUGUGGUCAGCAGUGUGCUGUGCUGCGUCAGAUGGAGAAGGUAGUUUCAGUUUUGGGCUAGUGAAGGAGGGCGACAUGAAGGUGCUCAGCAUUAAGGCUUUAGAGGAGCUAACAGGCGUUAGAGGCCUGUUUUCAGGAGGCUGCGGUGAAGCAGGACAUCAUAGCGAAGAGGAACUUGGAUUGCUUUUGAAAAAGCAAUUGGAUGGGAUCAAAACACCCAACUCUGAUGUGCAAAGUGAAGAACACGUUGACAAACACUCUCAGGAAGAAGAAAUAUUAGAAUCAGGAAACGAAAAACUGACUUCGGAGGAUGUUAAAGGUGAAGCCAGAAGCUACACAUCAUCUUCAAGCUCAGACAUGGACAUUCUGGAGAGCACCAAUGAGACGGAGAGCUCAGAGUCUGUCCUCCUCAAAGUUUUGUCCUCCACCAUCUAUCUCCUUUACGCCCCUUUCUCUCCGAUUGUAAACAGAGUCAUUAACCUUCCCUUCCAGCUAACCUUCAUUCUUCAGGAAGAUUUGGCUAUUCUGGCUGCGGUGCCUGUUGACAGCUACACUUUGGUCAACAACUUAGUCUCAGGAGUGACUUCUGGCAUUUCAUGCGUGUUGAACACCUUGUACCAGACAGGAGAAAUAAGCGUGUGCACGGCAUACUCCUGCCUCAGUCCGUUAGGCGGCAGCCUGUUCGUGGCGUUCCAGGAAGGAUUCUUUGGGACGGGAACUCUGGCAUCAGACGCCUUGGGGAUCGCAACAGGAACGGUGGGGGGUGGUUUUAGGAUCAUCUGGAUGAUUCUUGGGUCAGUCUGGGAUCAGAUGGCAGAUUACCUAUGUGUCGUAUCCUCAGAAAUGGGCCACCAGGUGUCAACAGUGGGAAGUGGGGUUGGCAAACUUACCUUGAAAAGUGGAAAGGGGGUGGGCCACAUGCUUAACAUGGUGGUUUCCAUCAUAGGUGGAGUACUGGGCAAUACAAUAUCGAAUGUCCAGGAAGCUUUUGGAGGGAGCUCAGGGGAAUCAUCCGAAUGGCAAACACCUGAAUUGCUGAAACCUGAAGUGGUCGGUGAAUAGACUUAAAUGUGUGUAUAUGCCUGUGUUAGAUACCUUAUUUGCAUAUUACACCACAAAUAGAGUGCAUUAGUGCCUACCCACUUUUUCAGCGACCGGAAGUAUUUUUCCUAUUUAUUUUUUCCAUAGAGAAGUCUUUGUUAAAGAGUUAUAAGCCAUGAACCAAACCAAAUAUAGCUGAAGUCAAAAGUUUACAUACACUUUGCAGAAUCAGCAAAAUAUAAAAGGGAUCAUCCAAAAUGCAUGUUAAUUUUUAUUUAGUACUGACCUGAAUAAGAUAUCUUAUAUAAGAGACGUUUGCAUACAGUCCACAAGAGAAAAUUUAUAAAAAUGACUCAUUUCAAAAGUUUACAUACACUUGAUUCUUAAUACUGUGUUUUUUAGUGAUAAUUGUUCAUGAGUCCCUUGUUUGUCCUGAACAGUUAAACUGCCUGCUGUUAUUCAGAAAAAUACCACAAAUUCUUUGGUUUUCAGCAUUGUUGUGUAUUUGAACUCUUUCCAACAAUGACAAGGCGAAGGAAAUGCAAUGCAUUAAGAGCGGGGGUGAAACUUUUGACUUUUAAGAUCAGGGUAGAUUUGACUUAUUUUGUCUUCUGGGAAACAGCUAAUUGAAACAAUAUGAUAUUUAGGCAAAAUAAGGAAAAUGUACACAUCUUCAUUCUUUUCAAAAGUUUACACCCCGGCACUUAAUGCAUCGUUUUUCCUUCUGUAGUGUGUGAGUGUUUGAACCGUCUGUAAUAGUUGCAUAUGAGUCCCUCAGUUGUCCUCAGUGUGAAAAGAUGGAUUUCACAAUCCUACAGUCAUACAGUACACAAAAAUGCUGAAAAAACAAAGAAUUUGUGGGAUCUUGUAGCUCACAGUAGGUCUGUCUUAAACGAUUUGUAAGUUAUUGUUAAAAAUCUGUUCUUCUAUGGAGAAACUGAAUGGGAUUUUUACUUCUGGAACCUGACUGUUGCACUCUAUAGUGUCUGCACACUGAAUAUUAACCAUAUGGCAUGUGGUUAUGAAUCAUGAAACCUCUGUUUUACAUUCUGCCUUAAAAUACCUACAUGAGCCUCCUAAUUUUUUGGGAAAAAAAUGGAAGGUGCAGGGUGAUUUGUAACUCUUUCAAGGUGCUGAGAAAUGUUUAUUAAGUGUAAGAAAGAUGAUGUAAAUGUUGUGAAAUGUUGGUCAUUUCAUCUGACAUGCAAAGACCUUGCUGUGUCAUGGUUUAUAUGCUGCAAUAAAACCACUUCUCUGUGA